AUGCCUGACACCUCAUUUGCAUCGGACUUCCAAAACCAGCGAUACCCUACCGUGGAAGAAACUGUUCGAGACAAUGCUUCCGUAUUAUACAAAAGGAAGAAGUUCUUCCUUCAAGACGUCCGUAAGUUGGCAGGGACGCUAGGAUAUGUCCUCAUAGGGCUUGUUUACCUACGAGAUCGCUCCAUCUCGCUGUUUUUGUCGCGUACACUUGUGCAACACUACCUUUCAGACCCAUUUCCUCCCCCACUGCAUUUGCUUUUGGAUACAGCCAACCAAGAAGACGCCCGCUCGUAUGCUAAACUUGUGUUUAUCAUGACUUUCAAUGCAUCUGCCAUCAUAUUUCAUUUUUUCUUUGGCGAUACACAUGUGAGAAGUGGAGGAGACGGACUUUUACAUGGAGGACUCACUGUACAAUUUAUAGGUGAAAGACUGCCCACCAGCGUGUGGGAAUUGGUAUUUUUGGACUGUUUAAUCCUCCUAGAUCAGCUUUUAUAUCAUGGAUUGACAUGUGGAGUUGAUGAUGCAGAGAUUCUUCAUAUAAAAUCACCAGUAAUUGAGGGUGACGACAACGUGUGUCCUGAGGUGGUAUCGAACGGGUACAACGGCAACGUCACGUUGGUGACGUUGGACAUAUUUGCGCAUUUCAAGAAGGUGUUGCUGUUUCGUGCACAGCCAUUACAAUUUGCAAUGAAUCGCAGUUCGAUGAGACUUCAGCAGACAGACCCGCAGGUUUCGGGGUUGUUAUUUAGUAGAGAAAUGGCGGAACGAAUGGCUUAA